UAUAUUCCAAUGCAUGUUGGGAUUUUCCCGCGCCAAUGUUAAACACGGAUCAUAUGACAAGCUAGUAAGAAACGCAAUGGUGGGAGAAACUUGCGCAAAAUGUCGGAAUUAUUCUUUGAUAGUGAGAGUAUCUGCAGUUCAGAUCCUCUUUCAUCUAUUGAAGAACCAGACUUUGGAGAAAACUUAAGCGAUGAUUCAUUAAAUAGUGAAGACAUCUUUCCAUUAUCAUAUAGUGAAGAAGGAUGGAACUCUUCUGAUGAUCACUCCUGUGAAAGCUUUAAUAUGUCAGCAGAAGUAGUCGUGAGUGAUGAUGAUGAUGUUGUGGUUAAUAAGGAUCUCAAGAGAAAACCACAUAAAACAUCUCGUGGUAAAGACAAGCAGUCAUCGAUAUUCAUCCCUGAUGGAGAUUAUGGUGAUGAAAUCAUCUUUGUUGAGCCAGAAAAUUAUUCUCCCAGGAAGAAGAUGAAACUUGAUGAAGAGAAAAGAACGGCAGCCGUUGAUAAGUCUUCUGUAGGAACAGACUCUGAGAUUGCAGUCACAUUUGCUAAAAAAGGAAUUGAAUUCCCUCAUGCAAGAGAACACUGCAGAACUAAAACAUUUGUUCAAAUUCCUUCAGUGACAACAAAGUGCUCAAGCAAUGAGGAAUUUUGUGACAAGUGCUAUUGUUAUGUCUGUGAUGACCUCUCAAGCAAGUGUGAAUUGUGGAAGACGGAAGAAAAGCCGCAUUGCAAUGCAUAUGCAAAGCAUGCAUUCUGGGAAAGGGAAAGAAAUCUACACAAGAGAAAUUUAAAGAAAUUUAAUUUUGUCCCAAUUCUGACACUUCUUGCGCCUGAAAAAAUUAAUCAAGAGAUGACCAUAAGUGCUGUUGUGUGUAAUAGAUAUGUUGAUGAAAUCCAGGAGGUUUCAAAUUCAACUACUAAUGUGUGCUACUGUCAGGUUGACCCUUUACUUAAUCCAUUUGGUUGUCAGGCAUGUAGAUGGGAACGUGGCUAUCUCAGUUUGCAGAAUAAAUCUAAAAUGCAAGGGAUUGUGUUGAAUGCAACAAUUGAAGUGGAGAAACAUUUACAAAGAAAACAACCUAAUCCAGCUAUUGUGAUCCUGGAUACAAUUACCUCCUUGUUACUUGGAGUUGACAUCAACAGCAAGUACUCGAUAUUUAUUCCAGAAAAAGAUAGUUCAAGGCUUACUUCCUUAUGGAUUGAAGCUGCCUUGAAUAGGGACGCUGACCAAGAUUUAUUAUCCAAAGCUAAAGAACGCCUUUCUAAAUCAGUGAAAGAUAGCACAAGUCAGCUAUUUCUCCCUGAAGCAAAGAAAAUUCAUGAAAUCUUAUCAGAGUUGAGGCCAUAUGAUGAUCCCCUUGUAGUAAAAUGCCUAAUGAAAAACUACAAGGGGAGUAGUGGUUUGAAAGAAUCUUACGAGGUUACUAAAGUAAGACUACAGUACUUCAAGGCAAAUAAUAAGAUCUCUGAAGCUAUCAAUUAUAUCCUUGGAGUUGAAACACCUGGCGUCAACAGCAUGCUGUGUGAUUAUCAUGAACUCAGAGAUGAACUGGUUGAUCUGCUUAUUACAAAAGGAAGAAUGCAAGAAGCUUUGACUGUGUGUAAAACCCACUUUUCAAACAAGCUACCUACAGAUUUACAUGUACAGGAAAAAACUUCCAAUG